GCCUUAAAUGAAUGUCGCUACCCUAUGACGUCCUCUUUACCCGCUGUCCGAGAGGAGGUUUGGAAGUUUAGGUUCAUCAUCCAUCGCUAAUUUACAAUGGCCGAGGAAGGCGUCGCAGCCGGAGGUGUGAUGGAUGUCAACACCGCACUCCCAGAAGUGCUCAAGACCGCACUCAUCCACGAUGGUCUGGCCCGCGGUAUUCGCGAGGCAGCCAAGGCACUGGACAAGCGCCAGGCUCAUCUCUGCGUCCUUGCGGCCAACUGUGAUGAGCCCAUGUACGUCAAGCUGGUGGAGGCCCUCUGCGCCGAGCAUCAGAUCAACCUCAUCAAGGUUGAUGACAACAAGAAGCUUGGCGAAUGGGUCGGUCUUUGCAAGAUCGACCGCGAGGGCAAACCCCGUAAGGUCGUGGGCUGCAGCUGUGUCGUGAUCAAGGACUAUGGCAAGGAGUCUCAAGCCAAGGAUGUCAUUGAGGAGUACUUCAAAGCCAAGAAAUGAGGUGUCAAUAAAGUUUUUGGAAAAGGA